GCAAGGGAGAUGAGAUAGAGAGAGGGGUGGUAGCGAACUGGCUAUGUAACCGGUUUAAUGGCAACACUUUAGCCACAGCGUGACUGUAUCAUGCAUACGCUAGGAUUUUUUCUUCUUCUUCCCCCUAGACUGUUUACUGAAAUUAGUUGUACGACAGGUCCUAAAAUAAUCUGCAGAGAAGACUUCACAGUGAAUGUAUCGAAUAUUAUCGGCCAGGCAAUAGGGUCGGUCGAUAUGGCAUAACGGUUCAGAUAUCAGUAGGGUUGUACAGCGGCCAAAGGCGAGAAGAGCAGUGCCCUCGCAGUAUAAAUCAAAACACUCGAGCGAACCAUCGACUUCAAAAGCAUUUCGCCUCUCGGAAAUAAAAUUGCUGAAGCAGCGAUCCGACAGCAGCACGUCGGGCGGGAGUCCUAUUCUGAUUCGGACCAAGACAGAGACCACACGCCAGAAGCGGGGAGGACACACACAUCUAUUUGUCUUGCUUGACGCACGUUCUCAUUUCUCGCAGAUAUCCCGAAUACGGAAUAAGACAAAACACAAAGAGAAUGUGGAACAAUUCUCGACUUGAAGGCAACCACCAGGACCAAACACACUGAUUUCCCCUUGAUCCGACCGACCGGGCCGCAGAACGGGACGCCGCAACAACCAAAUAAGCCACCCAGGCCUCUGCUGGUUAUGAGCAGGGGGUUGGGAGGGAGGUGUGGGGAGUUAACAGACAUACCACCCACGGCUGUAUCGUAACCCUCUUUCCUUAUGCAUCUGUUUAAUUAACAUGGACCGUAACCACUAGCAAGUCCAUUUUCAUUCCCGAAAUAUCCCCAAAACUAGCCUACUGAAAAACAAAUGCAGAAUUUGACCACAUACUGCAUUAGCAUAACAUAGCAAAACAUUACUACUAGCAUAACAGUAUUAACAUAACUAGCAUAACAUUACUAACAUUUGUGUUCUGUUGACAACACUUACACGCUGCCACACUUUCUAAUGAUAUACCUUCAACCAUCUAGCAGCGAGUGAUAGUUGGAAACUCGGCUACCAUAGCUUUGCGUAGAUCAGUCAUUCAACCGUUUCCCACUUGUCAAGUGGUUUGAGGGCAGUAGUGAGGUACCUGUUGACACACACACACACACUGGAACCAUGCUGAGCAUCCUGGCUGCCGGCUCCAUCUUCUUCCCGGGCCUGUUCCUGCUGUCUAAGAGAGGCCUGAAACGGACUCCAGGCUUGGGCUUGAGCGAGGGAGACGCCACCAUCGUGUCUGCCAGGUUGGUGUCAUCCAUCCAAGCCAUCAUGGCUUCCUCAGCUGGAUACAUCAUCGCAUCCUCCUGUGAGGACAUCAUCGAGGAUCAACACUGGCUUACCAGUACCUACAUCCUGUUUGCGGUGCCCUACUUUGCGUACGACAUCUACGCCAUGUUCCUGUGCUACUGGCACAAGCUGCAGGUCAAAGGGCACGAGGAGGAGGGCGGCAGGCCUAAGCCAAUGGGCUCGGCAGUGGCCAGCUACCUGCGCAGAGAGUUCCUCAUGGUGCUGCACCACGUCGUCAUGGUGACCAUCUGCUUCCCCGUCUCCGUGUUCUGGAGGCAGGGAAAGGGCGAUUAUUUCCAGGGUGUCAUGUUCAUGGCUGAACUCAGCACUCCGUCCGUCUGCCUGGGGAAAAUCCUCAUCCAGUACAAGAAGCAGCACACUCUUCUUCAUAAAGUGAAUGGCGCUCUCAUGCUGGUCACUUUCUUCAUCUGUCGAGUUCUGCUCUUCCCCUACCUCUACUACGCCUACAGCAGGUAUGCCUCCAUCCCCCUCUACACAGUGCCCUUUGGGGCUCCCUGGCAGUACAACGUGGGGGCCUUCUGUCUCAUGGCCCCACAGGUCUACUGGUUCACCCUCAUCUGCAGGGGCGCCUUCCGCCUCUUCACCGGGGCCUCGCGCUCCCGGCCCCCGGCUGCACUCAACAAGCAAGAUGGGGGCUGCUACCCCGGCCAGGGAGCCCCUUUACCUCCCCCAGCCAACGGCUACAGUCCCGUCCCCCACCAGGCAGACAGAGAGACUGACACGCACUGAGAAAGGGAAAGAAAGAGGGAGGCAGAGAUGGAGAGGAAGAGAGAUCACUGUGGGGACGGGGCCAGCCAGACCAGGGCGGGGGAGGGAAGACCGAGGUCUGUCAAGGGAAUCUAUUGUACUGUAUUGCAAUGACACUGUAACCUAGGAGAGAGGGAGAGAGAGAUUGUUUCUCAUCCUCUACCACUCUCUCCCUCCCUCCAUUGUCCCUUUAGAGUUGCAUGGACCUCUGGAAGAAGAGACAGAAAGAAAGAAAGAAAUUAAUAAGGGAGAGAAAUGGAAGCAUAGACAGAAAGACUUAUGAAAGGGCAAGUAUAUUUCAAUAUUACGUGUCUGUACACACUGAUUUCAAACUGAAUGGGGGGGGGGGUGACUGGAUUGAAAAGCAAAAGGAUGAGAGAACACAUUGACGAGCAAUAGUGAUCGAGUGAUACAGAGAAGAAUACAGGCGGAUGAAGCAAGAGUGAUCAUCUUAUUUGAGUUAAAAGAAUAGAUUAAAAAAGUAUUCUUCUCUUGAAAGAGAUUCAACUGCUGUUCAAGAUUUAGGGAAGGAUACAAAAUGAAUAUUAAUGUAUAGAAAUGUGUAGUAAAUUAUUAUUUGGUGACCAGUUGAUUUUGGUGGCUGUAAAAAGGGGGACAAAGACAAUACCAGUAUUUCAACUUGUGAUCCCGGUCCUGUAUUAUUUGUCCACCAAGAUGAUCCACUCGGGAUCCAUUUGAGCGGGUCUUGUCUUGGGACAUGACAGAUGGACACGCAAACAGCGCCUCUGGUAUCGCUUCGUUCAGCCUUCUCUCCCCUCUGAAAUGGUCCUUCUCCCUUUUCUCCUGUUUAGACAACGAAUGUGGGAGGAGGGGAAUGGGGGUUUAUAACAGUUGGUGAGUAAAUGUCAUUUUAGGUUUUUAUAUUGCUCUCAUUCAAAGCAUUUGAUUUAUUUAUUAAUGUUGAUCGUUUUUAAAUUUUAAUUUAUGCGUUGUGAUUUUUCUCCUGUGCUCACUCCCCACUUCAAUCAAAAGAGGAGAGGGAGAGAGAGAUUGAAUGUUGGAGAGACUCAUAGAGGGGGAGAGAUGGGGGGAGUAGUAGACUCGACUGGGACAAUGAUGCAGCUACGCUGUCCCAGUCAGCCAUCCAAGUUGAUUAACGCUGGAAGGCAGUCCUCAAUACACGACUGGGUGGGCCUGUGCAGCUUAGCAGAUCUUUGCAAUGCCUGGAGAUGUGUUUUAAUGUCUCAGACCCCCCCCCCCCCAUGCUAAACAAGGUAACCACAUUUUAGAAUCUAGAUGCGUUCUACAGGCGUUCGUUCUCCAGGCUUUCUACAGUCUGCUGAUGUAAGGGAUUCCUAGAUGAUCUAAAGCAGUAUUAUGAAGGAUUUCGAGAAAGUAAGUUGGUGUAGUGUGUUCAACGGCAUGGGCGGAAUUUGAAGUAGAUUUCACUGGCAGCUGGUACUCUCUUUUAUGCAUUGAGGGAUUUGUGUGAUCGGACCGAAGAAGAAACACAUUGACAAUGCACUGAAAGAAGGGACUGAUAAGGUUGGAUUGGGAGGGGCAAACACAGGUUCCAAGUUCUCCUUUUUCGCCACUAUUUCAACCACUAUUUUGUUUUACUUGUGAUUUUAAUUCCGUUUUGGCGCCGUUUACUCAUGUUGACAGCGUGCAAUGGCACCGAUGUAGCUCAGGUUGGGUCAUGAACACCAUUUGGGACGAAGCCUAAGUCAAGAGGGUUGAAAUGUGGUCCUUGAAGCUCAAUCCCCAAGGUGAACAGACCUUGAACAUUUGACCACUGCCUUGGGUUGUGACUUGGAGUUGGUUGACAUUGGGACUCGACUAGCCUGGUCCCAGAUCUCUCUACCGGUACAUGGAAGAAAAGUGAACAGAUAGAGGGACUACUGUAUAAUACGCUGGACUAUACUUAAUGCAUCGUGGCUGUUUUCUGCUGCAUGAUAGGAAUGAGAGAAUGGCUUUUUUGACCAUUGGCCAAUAUUAACCUGGGAACACUGUAACUCUUAACUUAGUUACUAUUUACAAUGGUCAGUUAUGGUACUGUUUAAAAUGGCUUAUUGGAGGACUUAUUCAUCUCCGCACCCAGAACCAAAUCAGCUACUCGAUUUUAACAUUUUGAGAUUUUUUAUGAUAGAUUUUUUUUCAUGCUUUAUAACUGAUCUAAAGGUACAUUGGCAAAUUGUAUGAUCAACAUUCUUUUCCAUGCAAAAAAAAGUAGACCUAAGCCUCCGGCAAGGGAUAUAAACUGUGGAGUUGAUCAUACAAAUCAAAUAUCGUUCCUCAAAAAUGAAUUAUAUGUUCACAAAUGUCAGUUGUAACAAAGAUUAGGGUCGAAGUUCAGCUUGACAUCGUGAUUGAAAUGUAAAGGCAGUGUUCCUCAUCUGACUGAAAGAGGUCGCUGAAACUGCCACUAUAUAUCAUUUGCACACGAUGGCAAAGUUUAGUUCCGGAAGAUAUGCUUUGAGUGAGAGGCGUUGGAGUUAAAAGACAAUAUGGUGACGAUUUAAGCCAAAACGGUAUCUUCUUCUAAUGUCUACUGUUGCAACUGACCCCCUCUAGUCUAUUAUAAAUGAUGCCUUCAUGUUAAACCCUAUGAGCAAAAUAAUGUCUUUCCACCAAUUUUGCUCACUGGGAAGUGUUAACUCCCAAACGAAAACGUCAUUCAUUUUACCAGUUUACAUGUCCUCUGUCAUGUAAAGUAUUACAACAACAAAAAUCUUCCAUAUUGUUUGUUUAUUUUAUUAAUUUAUUUGAAUGUGUCUCUAUUUAUUGAAUGGGUUUGAAUGUACAUACGAAUACAUGUAUAAAUGAUAUAUAUCCUGUACGUAUGGGUUUGUUGACUGCUGCCUGACUAACUGUGGGCUCUACUGUGUAAACUCCUGUCUGUAUCUGAAAUGACAACCUGUUCCCUACAUCGUGCACUACUUUUGACCAGGGCCUUGUUAAAAGUAGUGCACUACAGUAUGUAGGGAACACCGUGGUGCUGUUUUGGACGCAGAACUGUUCUGUUGGCUGACAUAUACUCUGCUCUCCUCUUCUGCUCUGACUACCAAUAUGACAUCAGGAAUCUACCAUUCUAGCACCAAUGCACUGCUUUUGAAAAGAAGCACCAGUCUCAUCGUGGUGAAGAACUUUGAGCGAAGUUUUGCUUUACAUGCAACAGACUGACCAAUAAAAUCGUCCCCCAUUGUUUGUGCAUAAAGGAGA